CGUUAGUCGCCUGCUUUCGUCAUCAUGGUCCUAACGCCGUCCCUCAGCACUGCAGUCUGGACCAAUCGCAGUUUCUCAGUAAAUGCAGGAGUCCUGACGUUUUCCAGGCACUAUCGGCCGAUUAAUGCCCUGAUUCAGAUAUAACAUAAAGAUGGCCUCUCCUCAACCUGGCAGCCCACCUGUAGCAGAGCAGUACACCCCCCCAGCACAGAAUGAAGAGAGUCAACAGGAGGAGGAGGUGGUGAAGCCUACAAGAAAGCGUGGCAGAGGCAGGCCCCCGAAAGCCAAGCCUUCAUUCAAAUGCUCUGCAUGCCAGGAGGCAUUCAGGAGUCCCUCGGCUCUGCGGACUCACAAGCUCUCUGCACACACAAAGGAGCGUCAGCAGCAACACUCAUGCUCCCAGUGUAGCAAAGUGUUUUCCAGUAAGGCCCAGCUCUCAAAGCAUGAGCGCUCUCACUCAGCCCAGCGCCCCUUUCAGUGUCCUGACUGUCACAAGGCUUACAAGACACCCACAGAGCUACGCAACCACAGCCGCUCUCACACUGGGGAGAAGCCGUUCAUAUGCACAGAGUGCGGCAAGGCCUUCAUGCAAGCCAUAUGCCUCAGGAUCCAUAUGACACAGCAUAGUGGAGAGCGCCCAUACUCCUGCCGCCAGUGCUCGAAAAGCUACCCCACCCUGUCUAAGUUGAAAGUGCACAUGCGCUCUCACACGGGAGAGAAACCAUACUUCUGUGCUGAGUGCGGUAAGAGCUUUGCCGACCCCUCUGUGUUUAGAAAGCACAGGCGGAACCACCAGGGCCACCGUCCGUAUGCCUGCGACGAGUGUGGGAAAACCUACACAGAGCUGAAGGACCUGAAAAACCACGAGCGCUCCCACACCGGAGAAAAGCCUUACCUGUGCUCAGACUGUGGCAAAGCCUUCUCUCGCUCCUCCUCUCUGGCCUGCCAUCAGCGCAUUCAUUCCCAGAGCAAACCGUACCAGUGUGAGCAGUGUGGCAAAGGCUUCACCCAGCUCUCCUCCUACCAGUCUCACCUCCGCACGCACUCUGGGGAGAAACCAUUCCUCUGUCCACAGUGUGGCAAAAUGUUCUCCGACCCCUCUAGUUUCCGUCGCCACCAGCGAGCCCACCUGGGUUUCAAGCCGUACCCCUGUGAUAAGUGCUCCAAGAGGUUCCGACAGCCAGCAGACCUGGCUGUGCACGAGCGUGUGCACUCUGGCGAGCGACCGUACAAAUGUCAGAACUGUGACAAGGCCUUUGUAGCAUCCUGGGAUCUGCGUCGCCACAUGCUCGUACACACAGGCCUCAGGCCCUUCUCGUGCACCGAGUGUGAUAAGUCGUUUGCCGAGCGCUCCAGCCUCAACAAGCACCGUCGCGUCCACUCUGGAGAGCGCCCGUUCAAAUGUGAAGAGUGUUUCAAGUCAUUUGUUGUGUCCUCCAGCCUUCGCAAGCAUGAGAGGACUCAUCUUGCUGAGCGGUCCGAGCAGCAGCAGCAGCAGCAGCAGCAACAAAGGGAGUCGGUGUCCGGGUCAGCAUCAGUGUUUCCUGCUCACACAACCUUGCCACAGUUCUCCUGCACACACUGCGACGCCACGUUUGGAACCUGGGACCAAGUGCAGGCCCAUGAGAAUCUUCACACCGUCUCCACUCCCUCCACUGUUACCAAAGUCGUGCCCCUGGGCUCGCAUGUAUGUGAGACCUGCCAGGCCGAGUUUGCACAGCUGGCAGAUUUGCAGGAGCACGAGAAGCAGCACCCCAAGCCUCGGCCCCAUGUCUGCAGCAGCUGUGGCAAAGGUUUCCUCAACAAAGCUGGACUGCGCAAACACCAGAAGAUCCACUCCACCAACAAACCUCACAGCUGUCCCCUGUGUGGCAAAGCCUUUCUGUUCGCUGCCUAUCUUCGCAAGCACUUAAGGACACACCCGGACGGCGUGCCCGCGACCCAGCUCACCGACCUAAACAUCAUUCAGCAUACAGACCCGCUCCCAUCCCCUCUACCUCCCAGCGAGGUUUCCCCCACCACAGUCGAGCCCAGUGCAAUAUCCCUGGCAGUUCCAGUGACUGUCCCUGUGACUGCCUUUCAGACUCUGCCAGAGUACUUGGUCAAAGAUGAGGGACUGUAAGAUAUUUUACUGUUUUGUAUUUAUGAUUUCACACAUAUUCAGCUUUCAAGCCUUAGGUCUUAUUUAGAUUGUGGGCCUCCUUGUGACAAAAAAAAAAAAAAGUUAUUUUUCAACGUGGCUUUCUUAUAAUUUCAAUAUGGAGUCUGCUCAGUGUGCAUUGUCCAGAGCUCUGUCAUUGUUUUGUACUGACAUGCGAUUUGAAAGAUGUUAUGUAUGAUAUACUAUUCAUGUUUUAAAAUAUGUACUACAAAUAGCCUAUUAUAAAGUUAGUCAAAGUUAUCAUUGCAGCCACUUCAUAAAAAUAUCAUGAUGCAAAUGUACAAUAUAUGCUGUCCACGGUAUGAACUAAUUUCACUUAAAAUGUUAUGAUUUCAGUUAUACAUGUUUUAUAAUGCAUUUUUAAUUACAGUCCGUCUUGUAUACCCUUCAGUGUCUGAAUUUACAUUUCGAUGAAGCAAGUAAAAAAAAAUGUAACUAUUUUUUUGUGUAAUGAAUCACAGAAAAUUAUUGACCAUGAAUGAUCAAGAUCAUACAUUCCAAGAGGUAGGAUUAGUGAGAUUUCACUAUCAUGCCAAUAAUGUUUGUUGUGUUACAGUGUUAUCAGCAAGAGCCUGUACUCCAGACAUAUCAAUACAGUCUUCACCACGUCCUGUUGGAAAUUCUCCAAGUAGAGGUCAAAAAUAAUAAAAUUCUUGGUGUCUCAA